AUGUCAGGACAUGCUUUAGCUUCGUUAACUGCUACUUAUACUGACUCAGAAGGAGAAGAUGACGCUUUGGAAGAACAAAAUGAUAAGUCUCCAGGGGAAGAAAACAGUGCUCAUUCUUCUCAUUCCAAUACUGGUAUAGUUACACCUCCAGUUUCUAGAGCAGAUGUUCGCGUUACAGUGCCUGUUACUGCUACUGCGACGGCUCGACUUGUAUCAUAUCAUGAUGAUACAAUCGUGUCAGACGAUGAGGGUAAUAUCGCCGACUUGAAUGAACCCGAACGGCGGAAGUCCAUUACGAUAGAGCCCGAGCCAGAACCAGUUGUUGAUGGCAUACGCCUUUUUCCAGAACCACAGGGAAGAUGCUCUAAUGAACUUCAAGAGAAGAUUAAUCGUUUGCAUGAGAAAAUGCAGACCAGUGGUUUGGAUAUGAAUCACGUUAUACAGCACAAAAAGGAUUUUCGCAAUCCAAGUAUUUAUGAAAAGUUGAUUCAGUUUUGUAGUAUUAACGAACUUGGAACUAAUUAUCCUGCUCAUGUUUAUGACCCAUUACGCUGGGGGAAGGAAUCAUAUUAUGAAGAAUUAGCUAAAGUUCAAAAAGCAGAAAUGGAUAAACAUGAGAGGGGAAAGAAAGGUGAAGAGCGUAAGGAAAAGACUAAAGUUGAAUUUGUUUCUGGAACGGCCAAGCGGCCUGGUAGUGGCUCUGGUGCAGAAGAUGAAGCAAAACGUCGAAAAUCAAAGUGGGAUCAAGUUGGAACAGUGAUAGGUAGCAGUUUAGUUGCAGCACAACAGAACAUUCUUAAGCCAGUAGGUCUUGUGCAGCAACCUUCUCUUACUUCAAGUGCAACUGGCACCAAGAGUACUGUAAUAUCAGCUUUUGGUUCCCUUCCCCGCAAACCUCGCCUGUGA